CUUUUUGGUUACAAAAACGGAAAGCCGAAGCUUUAGCCUCCGAGCCUGACUCUCCCCAUCUAUCUUUCUUUCCACUACGCAGAGAAGCCGACAUGGGUAUCGAAAUACCAGUUAUCUCCGAUGUGGAUCCGAGCCACUCUCCAACGGCGAAGAAGCGACGAUUGGGAGAGUUCGAUGUGGAAGAGCUGAUCCAGAUUCAGCGUAUCUAUGAUUCAGAACCAAAGGAUGCUGUUCCAGACGCAAGGAAGUGUGGAGGUCCAGCUAAGCCAUCUAGGGAGCAGCUCAAGAAAAUCAAUGAAGUGGUUUUUCGGAAGUUCUUCGAAGGAAAUGAGAUUGAUGAUGAGGACUCAGGUGAAGAAAUGAAACCUUGUGAAAUUGGUAUGAAGGAGGAGGACUUGCCAAAUGAUUGCCCGUACCUGCAGUGUAUUCCAAACCCCAAAGACACACAUGUUGGCAAGGAUGAGACUGAUGAUGAGGACUCAGAUAAAGUAAUGAAACCUUGUGAUGUUUGUAUGGAGGAGCAUCCGGAUCACCUGCCAAAUCUUUGCCCGUACCUGGAGUGUAUUCCAAAUCCCAAGGAUACACAUGUUGGCAAGGAUGAGACUAAUGAUGAGGACUCAGAUGAAGAAAUGAUACCACCUUGUGAAGUUUGUCUGAAGGAGAAUCCGGAUCACUUUUCAAAUGGUUGCCCGUACCUGGAGCGUGUCCCAAAUCCAAAGGACACAGCUGUUGGCAAGGCCUUUAUGAUAGUCUGCAUCCACUGCUUUCUGGAGAAGCAUGGCCACCCUGAUGGAGCCUGGCAAGGAUGUGCAAUGCUAGAUCCGAGGUUCUUUUAUGAUCGAGAGCCUGCAGAUGACGAGCCUCCCCUUAAAGAUGAGAGUGAAUACUUUGCUUGGCUUAAGGUGGGUGUUUCUCAUUUCUCUCGUGUCUAAACUAGUGUUUGGUUGGAUGGACAAAAGCUGAGAGUGGCUUGUGUGUUUUUAAUUUAUGGAACUUAUGCCUUGUAGAACUUAUGGAACUAUGUAGUAGUGUUUAGCCUGUAUGGAACUAUGUAGUAGUGUUUAGCUGUUUGAAUAAGAGCCCUCUACGAGUGUUGUGUUUAUUUCUGU